AUAACGGUAAACGACCGGAGCAGACCGAUGUGUUGACUAUUUGUGAGGCGGACGAAGGCGAUUCGCCUUCAGUUUGAAUUGUGUCCUCGUUAAGAAAGGAUAUUCGUUACAUUGUUGUUAAGUUGUUAUUAUAAUUUCUCAAACAAACCAACCAACCAACCAAAGCAACCCAAACCGAAAGCCAACUGCUCGCUAAAGAGAAUUCUAAAUAAAAACCGAAAAAAUCUAAACACAGAACUUCCUGCCUUUUGUGCUUGGGAUUCUGGAUGGGAACAUACAAAAUUAAAAACAAAAAAACCAAAUGAACUUUUUGAAAACAAAUUUCAUUGGUCUGUGAUAAGUGAAGGUCAAGCAAAAAAAAAAUUUUUUAUGCAAAACUAAAAAACAAAUUAAAAGCCAACCACAAACAACACGAAGCGGAACAAACGUAAAGGAAAACCACAAAAAAGGCAACAUUUUCAAACUAGCAGAAUUGUAGAAAUUAUUUAAUGCAACAAAUCGUUUGCAAAAAAACCAAGAACAACAAAGGCCAGCAGGAGCAACAGCAACAAUAGUGCGGUUUCACACAAAAAGGCAGCCAUUAAAAAAAUACGUAGCCAAAUUAUAAUACAAUUUAUUUAUAUCAUCAACUGCAAGGCGGCAGGCACUUCAUUAAACAUCAAAGCGAGCUGCGUGCAACCGCAAAACGUGCAAAUUCCGCACCGCAACAGCAGCAGCAAUUGCAGCAUAAAAGCGGCAACAGCAGCAACAUCAAUACCAAAACGCAACAAGCAGCAUCCGAGUGCAACUGAAUUUGUAAAAUGUUGGCCAUGCCCACGCUGAUGAUGCCAGCCACCGCACAGAUGACGCUCAGCAGUCAGCCCCUCUCCGUGGGCGCCGCCCAUGGCAAGCCCUACGAGACAAAGCUGCUGGCCAUCCACCAGACGCAUCUGCAGCAGCAGCAACAGGCUCCCGCCCCGCAGCAGCAGCCUCAGCAGCAGUCCAAUGGCAAGCAACAGCAGCAGCCCCAGCAGAUGACCAUCGUCACCACUCAGCAGCAGCAGCAGCAACAGCAGCAGCAUCCCCAGUCGCAGUCGCCGCACCAGCAGCAGUCGCAGCAGCAGGCUGCCGCUGCAGCCGCCGCAGCUGCUGCUGCCGCCCACCACCAGCAACAGCAGGCAGUGGCCGCCGCCGUCUGCGCCGCCCAACAACAGGCAGUGGUCGUCCAGCAGCAGCAGCAAUACCAGAUCCACUCGCAGCAGCAAUCGCCGCAGCAGCAGGUGCUCAGCGUUUCCCCCAAGCAGGAACAAUUCCACAUCUUUGUCGGCGACUUGAGCUCAGAAAUUGAAACUCAGCAAUUGCGCGAAGCGUUCACACCAUUCGGCGAAAUCUCCGACUGUCGCGUGGUUCGCGAUCCACAGACCUUGAAGUCGAAGGGCUAUGGUUUUGUGUCCUUCAUCAAGAAAUCGGAAGCCGAGAGCGCCAUUACGGCCAUGAAUGGCCAGUGGCUUGGCUCCCGUUCAAUUCGCACGAAUUGGGCCACACGGAAACCGCCGGCGAGUAAAGAGAACAUCAAGCCAUUGACCUUCGACGAGGUCUACAAUCAGAGCAGUCCCUCCAAUUGCACCGUUUAUGUGGGCGGAGUCAAUAGCGCCCUCACAGCCCUCAGCGAGGAGGUGCUCCAGAAGACAUUCGCCCCCUAUGGAGCGAUACAGGAGAUCCGUGUCUUCAAGGAUAAGGGCUAUGCCUUUGUGCGUUUCUCUACCAAGGAGGCAGCCACCCAUGCUAUUGUCGGUGUCCACAACACGGAAAUCAACGCCCAGCCUGUGAAGUGCUCCUGGGGCAAGGAGAGUGGCGAUCCAAAUAACGCCCAGACCAUCGCCACCCAGGCACUCAACUCGGCCGCCGCCGCCGCUGCAGGAUUCCCGUAUGGAGUGGGCGCCGCCGCUGCUGCCGCCGCCUACGGUCAACAGCUAGCCGCCACGGGAUGCUGGUACUCGCCGACGCCCACCUACCCGGCCUCCUCGGCAACGGCGGCUGCUGUGACCCCGGCAGCCAAUGCAGCUGCCGUGCAGAAUCAGUUCCUGCAGGGCAUCCAGGGAUACCACUUUAGCCAGUACGCUGGAUACCAGCAGGGCUACAUGGGCAUGGGCGUACAGAUUCCUGCCACCUGGCAAGGCGUCACCCAGGCACAGAUCUCUCCUGCCCAGCAACUGGCAACGGGCGUGGCCGGGACCGCCAUCCCGCAGGCCGCCGGUGUGGUCGCCUAUCCGAUACAGCAGUUCCAAGUGAGCCCACAGGUUUAUCCUUUACUUUUGCAGGCACAGUAAACGAAAAAAGCCAAAAACCGAAAUCCAAACAAAAUUUUUCAAGUACAGCUGCAAUUUUCUGAACAGAAACAAAACCAUACUGAGCUGUAAAUAAAAUGCGAAGCGCAGAACACUAAUUGCAAAACAAUUGACGGCAACUCGAAGUUUGGCGAUUUUAGAGAGCUGCACCCCAGAAACAAAAUCAAGAGCAAAGCAAAGCAUAAGCAAAAGCAUAAGCGAAUGCAAAACCUAAACCUUAACCUAAACCUAAACCAAAACCAAAACCAAUGCUAAAUGAAAAUUACACGAUCUCACACACACACCCACAUGAAUAUAUACAUACUAAUUAUAUAUAUAAACGUAUAUGUAUAACUAGAGCAUAAAUAUCUGUCGAGCAUUGGGGGAGGCCAAAGCAAACAAUUAUUAUGUAUAUGCAAAAGCAAAGAAAGCAAAAAUAUUUUUAACCCUAGCUGCUUACACCACAACAUAUACACCCAAAACACACGCAUACACAUCCACACCGACAUAUUUUAAUGCUUAAUGUAAAUGUGUUGGAGCACGGCGCGUAUAAAAAAUAAUAAUAACAAUAAUUAAUUGACGCAAGAAGCAAGAGAGGUACAUGCAAAAACUGCGUUUAUAAAUAAAAAUAGGGGCAUACAAUUUGGUCGAGGAAAAGCAUAAAUCGAGUGGCGGCCAAAAUUAAACUCACAGACUCAUAUGCAUCACACAUCCACAUCCUCAUGUAUUUCCAGAGUGGCGGCAUUAAAUUAAAAUAAACAUAAUUAAAAAUGCGUUAAAAUUAAUUACGCGAACACACACAUGGAGACGCGUGCAAGUAAAUAUUUGUAUGUGUGUAUACAAAUAUUCGUCCUUGCCCCUCACCCGCUCUGUCAUUUUCCAUCCACAGCAGGACCCGCAUCAUUUUGUAUUGCCUACUUUUGCGCGCAGUUUGGUUCUAGCUUGGCACACUCUACACCUAAAACACAUACAUACACACAUAGCACUAGUGCCUAUAACUAUGAUAGAUGACGUGGAUUUUUUAGAGGAUACUGUAAAUCACACACGUUAAAGAAAAUACAGACAGCUGCCAAAUCGGUCCAGGAGCAGUUCAUGUCCUGCUAUCACUUCCUAUAUAGAAUGCAACUGAAAGUUUACGCACUCACACUACUUUGAUUUGUGAUCGAUCAGCAAUUGAAAGACAGGUUCCUACACACGCACAUCAAACACACUACGAAGUACGAAUCCGAAUCCAGGAUCCUCGAGCCCUCUCUCUCACUCACCUAUACCGCUAGAUCUCUUUCUCUCUCUCUCCAUCCAUAAAAAUCCCUCCUUUUCGAGGAAGUUUCGCAAUUAGCAGCAGCUGCAGGAGCUGAGCCUUUAAUUUGUUUGAAAUUUGAGUCUAAUUUGAUUACGAUUUAAGUUUUUCGCUUCACUUUCAACAAGCUUCAUGAGAGCCAUGUACAAAGCAGCCAAACCCGACACGAAAGCCGCAAAAAUGUUUCAACACCCUCCAAAACAAUUUACCAACACACACUCCUCUCGUACUAAGCUAUGUACAUAUAUAUGAUACGUUUAUGGUUUUAUUUCAGUUGCCAGAAGAGGAAUGGUUAGCUGCAAAUUUGUUGUGUUAGUUCUCUGUUGUUUAGGCCAAAACGAAAACGAAAUCACAAUCCAUACCAAUAUCGAAAAGGAGACCCCCAAACAAAAAUAACAGAAACCAAACCAAACCGAACCGAUAACUAAAAACAAAAAAAAAAUAUCCAAGUAUCUAAGAAUAUAUUAAAGAAAUAUACGGUAAAAUAGAGAGAGGAGAACUCCCAAAACGCAAGUAAUAUAUAUAUUGAAAACAAUCAAAGUAUGCCAUCGAAUGAUAUUAAUUGAUAUUAGCUAAUGGAGCAUAGCCGUAAUAGAGUAGAUAUUAUCGCCUAAUCAUAUAAGCCAAUAAACACACUUGCAACACAGAGAGAGGAGGCCAGGAGCCGGCAACCAGCCAGAUAACAAAUUAUCCAGAAAACGCCGUGAGAGAAAGGAGCCCUCACACCCACAGACUUACACUAGCAAGCAUUAAUCAACACACUCAUACUCGCAGGACUCUAGGACUCUUGCGAACACACACAGCAGGCAGAGUUUCGGUUAGCAUUGCACAGCUACCCACGCAGUACAUGGAUGUGAAACAUAAAAAUAGUCAUAGAAGGUAUAAAAAUACAACUAAAAGUGUAGAGUAUAUAUAUAUAUAUAUAAAUGAAUGUAAAGUGGUAAAUAAAGUAUAGAAAUAGACAUGGUUGAUAAGUUCGUGGCGUAUUCAGCAUAUGCAUUAAACCAACAUGCUUAUAUAAUAUACAUAUAUAUAUAUAUAUACGGAUAGAGUGACACUCACACCACUCACAAUCACACCCGCAUACCAACUAAAAACUAAAUGCGAGCAACGUAUGGUAAAUUAUAUUUAUUGUAUUUUGUGUUGUACGUAAUACGUAUGUAUGUAUGUGUUGGAUGAUAAAUCACAAAUAGAUGUUCAAAAUGAAAACCAAUUAAAACGAUGACAACAACAAAUAAAAAUCCCAAGUAAUAGAAAUAGCAAUACGCAUACGUAAAAGCAACGUAAUCGCAAUCGCAAUCUGAAUCGCAAUUGUGCGAAACAUAUUCGUACGUAUCGGACAGUUUAGCCAUAAAAAAAGUAAAGAAAAAUGGACGAGUAGGAGGCUGAGAGGUAUAAGGACGAGCCAGGACGAGGCUUGAUUUGCAUUUGACACGCCCCAAUCCCCCGGCGGCAGCCAGCGUGGAAUUUGUUAUGUCAUUUUUUAGUGGAAUUUUUCGCAGCUAUCGGAGCAGCGCAUUUAGUUACUUGGGUGUGGUCCCAUAUAGCUCGAGUAAAUGUCUAUCGAUAAUCGACAAAAAAAAUAAAAAAAACACAAAAACCCAGAAACACCCAUACACGAAAUACUCCAGGACACAUCAUUCGUGUGCUAACUGGUAGGAUUGAUUAGAAGCGGUGGGAGAGGGAGUAUUUUAGCCACGACACAGAUACGAAUAAGAAAUAUAGUGACACGUACCCGUAGUCAUUAGGGCAGUCGUACUGUAUAUUUAAAUGUUUUUAGCACUAGAACUUAGAGGAACUACGAGAAGCAUUGCGUGCAAGCGACUUAGAUGUAGAUGUGAUUUUAAAAAGUGGGCGGGAAAGGAUCGGCCAACGAUCGGAUAAGCGGUAAAGGAUCAUGAAGCUGACAAAUGCAUUUUGGUUCUGUUAUUUUACGUUCUAGACAUUGUGUUAAGCAAAAAAAAAAAGCGAAAGCAGAAAUUUGAAUGUUGUUGACCAAACGAAAAAUAAACUAAUACAAAAACAGUUUUGCAGAAAACAAAAAAAAAUAUUUGGCUAGGAAAUCGAAGAAGAGAAACCCCUUUAUAAGAGAAACCAGUUUAUAGUUAAGGCGAAAAAACUAAAAAAAAAAUAUUAUCGGUUUGUUUGUUAAUGUUUGCGCUACAUAUCAGUAAAGAGUUAAAAUGGGUAGUUGGCACGUAGAAAUAGUGAAGAGUUGGAAACUAAAUAAGCAUUAACUGUGGAAUGUAAUAUGAUCUAACAAGCUGACAAAGACGACGAACUAAAUAAUAUACAAACAAAUAAAAUAUUUAUAUGAAUAACAGCUGUAACUGUAUGUAUUUAUGUUGUGUAACUACAAAACGUGCUAAGUCAUUUAUAUACGUCUAUAUAUAUAUAUAUAUAUAUGAACAUAUACAAAGUAUUUAUACACAAGAAGGCCCACGUCACAUAUACCGCAAAACCAGGGAUCCUGACAGAAGGAUUCAGUCCCACAAAACGAUCAAGUUAAAAACCUGAUGUAAAAAUUUUGAAGCUACAGAAGGUAAAGCACUUUAUUGCCGAGAAAUUAAUAUUAUUAUUUCCAAUCACUUUACGUUAAUUUCAACAAUUAGUCAGGUGUAAUCUAAUUCCGUGGCAAGCGCUUUGAGUUACUAAUUUGGUUUAAGUUCAAAGCAAAAGCAAAACUACACACUAAAAUGAUUGCAGUUAUUAACCAUAAACUACAAUUACCAAUUAGUCAAUUCAAAGUGUAAUUACUGAAAUGCUGAAACAGGAGCAGUUAGCAAAAUUUUACCACAUGCAAUGCAAAAAAGAAGGCGCUACAAGUGGAGGUGGCAGAUGGAGGCACAUAGCAUAAAUUAAACUAAAUGAGCAGAAAACAAAUUUUAACGAGAUCAACUUGCGGCAGAGAAAAACCGAAAAUCAAUCAAAUAAAAGUAUUAUCUAAGCUACAAAACAAUUACACAGAAUAUAUAUUCUAUACGUAUAUAUUUACAUGCAGGCAGAUCCUUUAAAUUACAUGGCAGUGCAUACUACUUAACUGAGUUCUAAGUGUUCCAAAAUAACAAAAAAAAAUAUAAAAAACACAAAAAAAGGAUUUCAUUUACAGGCAGCACUAGCCACUAGCCACGGAAGAAAAUUAAAAGAGCCAGGCCAAUUCGAAAUUCCAUUUGAAAUCCGGGCAGCCUAGGAAGUAAAAAGCAAAAUAUUUAUGUGCAAUAAACCAGAUGGAUAGAAAGGAUCGAGGGCAUGUUAUGCAAUUAAAAAUACACUAAUAUAGUAAACAAAUCAAAUGCAAAUGUAGAAAAAAUCAAACGAUGAGCAAACAACCAAAAGCUGCUAACAAAACAAACAUCAAAAGAUAAAUAAAAGCAAAACCAGAAAAGUUUUGGAAGGCAUUCGACACAAGGACACACCAAACGGACACGAACACAGUCACACGCCCAUAAUGCAUAUACAGAUAUCGAUAUUAUACGAACCAUAUAUAUAUAUAUGAAAAUAUAUAUAUACACACACAUAUAUAUAUACAGACGUAAAAUAUGAUAAGUAAAUAGCAAAUAACUAAAGUAAACAAAGUAUAGAUAUCGACUGCAGUAUUGCAAAUAUUUUGUAGAAAUUUAAGCAUGUUUGAGUGUGUUUUAGGACAAGGACUAGAAAACACAAAAGCGAAAAGCAAACAGAAUGAAAAAUCGAAAACAUUGUAGCGGAAUAUAAGGGCCGAGCAACAAAAACAUAAACAAACAUAAAAAAAACCAAAAACAACAACCAACAACAGUAAGAACAAAGCCGAAAAUUGGAAACCUAAUGCAUAAGCUAAGUAUUAAAUAUACACAAAACAGAAAUAAAUUAUAUAUAUAUAGAUAUAUAUACAAUAUAAAUACGGCAUUAGAACCAUACACCUACACAAAACAAACACACACACAAAACAUACACACAUACAAAACGGCAUUUGCAUAAGAAAACACAAGUGAAACAACGUAACGAAUAUUAAAAAAGUUAAUCAAAUUAAGCAUAACAAAAAAUGCAAAAUGAAAAAUAUUUAUAGUUGAAAAACAAAAAAAAAAUAUAUAAAUAAAACGAUGAGAAUUUGGCUGCGUUUUUGUAUACCAACGCGCCAAAGGACAUCGAAAGUAAGCCAGCAGCAGCAGGAUGCAAGCAGAAGGGGCAAGACGCUAACUGGACGGUCUCAGUGAAGCGGUCGCCACAAUAAGUAGGAGAUGGUUUAGAGAGCUAGAUGCUGGGCUGCAAAUGCAUAGAGAAAUUAUACUUAGGAGACAGAAAAACAAAAAAAUAAAAUAAAAUAACACAAAAAACAAACGUGUAAUAACAAACCAGAGACGGCCAUGUGGAAAAAAAACCAAGAACAACUGCAACAUAGAAAUGAUGAAAAUAAGUAAAUAUACCGAAUAAACAACAAAAAUUAUAUUAUGUAUACAUAAAUAUAUUGAAAGAAAACAAAUAAAAACGAACAAAAAAAUUUUGUAAAAAUAAAAAAACA